AGCACGACCCCGGAGCGGCUGUGCGGGGCGACGUGGAAGGACCGAUCGGGAGGGCAUAGUUGUCCCAUAGGACUGGCUACUCCAUUAAAAGACACUACUGUGGGGCUACCACCAGCCACAUCGAUCUAGCCUGCCCUCUGAAGCAAGGAGCUGAUGAGCUGAUCCCAUCAUCAGAGGAUGGUCCCGCCCCAUCGCAGUUGCAAGUCAAGAUCUCACCGGCAUUCAUAAUCUGCACAUUUUCCUGCAGAGCAUACAUAGUCUAAUUAACUACUGACGGGACUGUGCUGAAUUGUUAUAAAUAAGCUUGAAGGACUGGAAUAAAAUUAUUCUGACAGUUGAGAACACCUCGUGACAAUUACAAGCUGCUCUGAAGCCAUAGAGAGUGGAGAAGAUUAGCAAAGGGGAAAACUUUGGGACUCUGGAGUUCUCUGGAAGGACUUUCCACAUUGGUAAAUUCUGAUCAAAACUGAGCUGAAUUUGAUCUCUUAGCCAUCUGCACCAAAAGUUGAAGUAUCCCCUGCAUGGACUGUGAUGUACAUACCUGCCACCUAGCAGUUAAAGAUUGAAAUGGUUGAGGGUCUCUCAUUGGCUCAUCGGCUCCUUUAUUCACUUGCCAGAAAUAUUCUCAUCCUGAAGACCAAGACUUCAAGCCACUGUUCCAAGGAUCUAAACCAACCUUUGGGCCCAGAGAAGCAAAGAAAGGGAGAGAGGGGAAACAGAAAACAGCUAUUGAUCCCUCUUGGACAGAAAUGCCUCACACGUUGGUGGGAGAAAAUGGCUUCAACUGUACCCAGAAACUUAUUUUUUCUAGCACAUCCAAGCCAGUGGAGAACAGCCUAACUUUUGAUUCACCCAGUAGUCCGAAGGAAUCCUGCAGCACUGCUCAGAGCAAUGGCAUUUACUACUCCAAUGCAAACAGCCCUUCGGACUCAUACAUCAAACCCCUUUGUGAUGAAGGAUCCGAGAGCCGAACCCAGUUCACGGCUGGCAUUAAGUACAUCUCCUCAGAAGGAGAGAGCCUUGUGUGUGGGUGGGGGGCCUUCACUCCGAGUUGUUUACAGUUUUUCAAUACCCCCAGGGGGGUCCUGUUCUUCCUUUGUGUGGCUUCUUUCUUGCAAGGGAUGACAGUCAACGGCUUUAUCAACACCGUCAUCACCUCGAUCGAGCGGCGCUUCGACCUGCAGAGCUAUGAGAGCGGGCUGAUCGCCAGCUCCUAUGACAUUGCCGCCUGCGUGUGCUUGACGUUUGUCAGCUACUUUGGAGGGAAUGGGCACAAACUGCGGUGGCUGGGAUGGGGAGUGCUGAUCAUGGGGAUCGGGUCCAUCAUCUUUGCACUGCCUCAGUUCACCACCAGUCAGUAUGAAGUACAUUUCUCAGAGGAGAUCGGCAUGUGCUCCUCCAAUCAGAGCAUCAAGUGCUCGGAGAGUGUGUCCAGUCUCUCUAAUUACCGGUUUGUCUUCAUGCUCGGACAGUUCCUCCAUGGGAUCGGAGCAACGCCGCUUUAUACUCUAGGUGUGACUUACCUGGAUGAAAAUGUUAAAUCCAACUAUUCCCCUGUGUAUAUUGGUAUUUUCUACACAGCUGCUAUACUGGGUCCUGCAGCUGGCUAUCUGGUUGGAGGAGUCUUUCUAAACAUUUACACAGAAAUUGGGAGACAAGUUGAUCUUACGCCAGACAAUACCCUAUGGGUUGGAGCGUGGUGGAUCGGAUUCCUGGGGGCAGGGGCUGGCUCACUUUUGAUCGCGAUCCCCAUCUUGGGAUAUCCACACCGCCUGCCAGGAUCUCAGCGCUACAUUGUCAUGAGGGUUUCAGAAGCCCAUCAGCUGAAAGACGGCAGCCACAAAACAGCCUCUGACCCUGACUUUGGAAAGACGGUGAAGGACCUGCCACGGUCAGUCUUGCUGCUAUUGAAGAAUCCCACUUUCAUCUUCCUUUGCUUAGCAGGAGCAACGGAAGCCACCCUUAUUGCUGGGAUGUCCACCUUUGGUCCCAAGUUUCUCGAAUCGCAAUUCAGCUUAAGUGCAUCAGAAGCAGCGACCUUGUUUGGCUACCUUGUGGUUCCAGCAGGAGGAGGGGGGACCUUCCUUGGAGGGUUCCUUGUGAACAAGUUUAAGCUGCGCUGCUCAGGAAUCAUCAAGUUCUGUUUGUUCUGCACCAUGUCCAGCCUGCUGGCGAUUUUCAUCUUUUUUAUCGAUUGCCCCAACAUGCCCAUGGCUGGAGUGACACACACCUAUAACAGAAGCACCUUGCUCCAAGGCCACCUCAACCUGUCGGCUCCCUGCAAUAUGGAGUGUGACUGUCUGCGAGAGGCAUACAGCCCCGUGUGCGGGAAUGACGACGUCAUGUACUACUCCCCCUGCCACGCCGGAUGCAAGGACACAUCGAUCAGUCACGAAAGUGGGAAGAAGGUGUACCGAGGGUGCAGCUGCAUUCUGGAACACUCUCCUUCUUCUUCCGGCUUGGCAACGGCGGGAAAGUGCACAUCAUCAUGUGAAAGAAGAACCCUUCUCCUAAUUUUCAUGUUCAUUGUCAUUGUCUUCACAUUCCUGAGCAGUAUUCCUGCUCUGACAGCUACUUUAAGGUGUGUCUCAGACAGGCAGCGGUCAUUUGCUCUGGGAAUCCAGUGGAUUGUGGUGAGGACACUAGGUGGUAUUCCAGGACCAAUUGCUUUUGGAUCAAUGAUUGACAAGUCGUGUCUCCUCUGGCAGAACCAGUGUGGUGAACAAGGCUCUUGCUAUGUCUACCAGAACUUUGCCAUGAGCCGAUACACCCUGAUUGCGGGUCUUAUAUACAAAGUGACGGGAUCCCUCUUCUUCCUGCUGGCCUGCAUACUCUACAAACCACCUUCCCCAGAAUCCCUCCCUGGAAGCUCCGAUGCCUCUGAAAAUGGGAACUGUGAUCUGCAGGAAGACAAAUGCCCACAUCUCUCUCAAGAUGAUGCAUAGCACUUUGAAGCGCCCAGUGGCUUUCACACAACCUCCAAGAUACUGUGUCAAAAGAAUAUGUAUUUGCCUCCUCCUGUUAAUUAUUGAUACUAUUUUGUUCCUUUUUCACCUUCCAGGAAGAAUGAUUUAACGACGUUCUGUUAUAUGUUUGUCUUUUAUAAGGAGCAAAAGCACAUGGCAAAACUUGUGCACUGGCUUUUCCAGCUUGAAAUGAGAGUGUAACCAGAUCUUUGCAGCCUUGCCCCAGAGAUGGAUGGAAAUGCAAGAAUCUCAGAGAGACAGGUGCCACAUCUUGAAUUAUUUGCAUUUGUGGGUGCUGCAGUUCUCACGUGGAGCACCAUCAUCUCAGAAAGCAUUUUUCAAAACAAAAUUUCUAGAUGGCAGCAUAAAUGGGACAUGGGGGUAUAUUUCUUUCCUGCUUUGCCUUAUGAGGGACAAUCAUUGGAUGAGGCGUUCCUAGCUUUUAUUUAGACAGCAAAUUUCAACCUGACCUCAAAAUACCACAUAGGUUUGUGGCAUCAGCUUUACUAAGUCUUUUUUAUUUAAAGAAGGGCUAAACAUAGCUUCAGACCAUUCCUAUAUAAAGCACUUAAAAAGGUGACCACCCAGGGGGAAUGUAUUUGGCCCAGCACAAGUUCCUCUCUCUAUAAGAGAGAUUAGACCCAGUCAUUGUUGCCGCAUGCCAAGAAAUUCUUGAGAUCUUUCUUGUGCCCUGUUUGCUUUUCUUCUUUAUUCCUCCAUGGCUGCAACACCUUGGCGACUCAUAUCUAUGGAUUAACCAUCCUGGUUCAAGUACUGCUUUGCAGAGCACCUCAGACAAGUGGUGGAUCCAUGAGUCAAGAACAUGCAUAUAUGAAUCAACCCUUUUUUGAACUCCCACAAGCAUCUUGCUGGCACAACAUCUGCCUUCUCUUUCCUCUUCCAAGUCUUUGUGGCAUCGAUUUUGUUCUGUGUGCUCAUCCACCGAGUGGCCUCUUGCACAUGACAACACUCCAGCAGAAGCACAGGAAAUGCUCUGUGCAAGGUAGAUCUCCCGGACAGCUUAUCGUACUUAGGAAGGUCUUGUGUUGUCAGGAGUUGGUACCCUGUUCCCCUGGGAGUAGCUAUAUUUCUUCUGCAACAGAAGUGCUAACAAUGCACUUCAACAGAGCUCCCUUGCCAGGAGGUUUGUGGAAGACUCUACAAUCUGCCCAUGUUGGAGGACUCUUGGACCAUGUGGCUGCUGGUGUUGACAAGAAAUGCCAGGACAAAUCCCUUUCUCUCAUAUUUCUGCCAUCUUAUUUUUCCUUUUUUGUUCCCCUGGAUUUUCAGGCUUCCACCAUGACCAAAGCAAUACUCCCGUUUUGAAAUUCUUUAACAGGUCCAGAAACAGCAUGCAGCAUCUUGGCCCCUGCCAGGACCUCACCAGGGCCUGGGGUUGAGGCAUGAUUUGGAUAUUUCUGCAAACAUUUUCUUCUCAGUGCUCCCAUCAAGGUCAGGCCGCCAAGAUUGGGAGCCAGCAUUUUACAUCCCCAUAGUGUAGCCUUGCUCUGGGGCACAGUAGGAGGAUAAAAAGCCAAGAUCCCAGUCUGUUGCGAGGGGUUCCACAGCCAGCUGCCCAGAAAGUUUACCAGGAGUCCCAGUGAUAUGGAAGGACAUUCUGCUGAAGUUCCCCUGAAAUCUAGAUCUGCCCCUUCUGAAAUCCAUGUUUUAUGAAACAGUACAAACAUCCAUAACAUCUCAUGAGAAAAACUGGAAUACACCAAAAAAUACCAUUUUGUGAUAGGUUCUAAAGUAAAUUGCUACACAACACUUUGUGAGGGAACAUGUGGAAGUUGUACUUUGCAAUGCUGAAACCACAGUAAAGUGUUUUUUUGCUUUGUUUUUUUAAGCAAGACAUGAGGCCCAAACUAUUUCAGCAGAGAGUCAGAACGGGCUGAGAAAGGGUGAUCUUAUUGAUUUCUUUUCAAGCCAAUCCCCCAAUCAACCCCCCCACCCAUAAUAUGUAUGCAUGUCAAAGGAGAGCUAUUUGUUGACUAUGCCUUGUCUUUUAUAACUGGGAUUGAAAGGCUGCUACAGAAGCAUCUAGCUUCCGCAGAUUAGGGGUGGAGGCAAUAUUCAUUCAGUUUGCAUUUUAAUGUGCACUUGUCUCAGUCUGCUCUGCUGAACCAUGUUGUGAACUGCAGCUCAAAUUAAGCUUCAAAAUGCACGCUUCUCUAAACUGUGUGAUGGGUUCUCUGAUCAAAGAACGUGUACAAAAAUGUCAAUGUUAGGGAAAAUAACAUUAAAAUGUGUUCUCUGAGGCUCAUUGCUUGCAAAAACGGUGCUUAGAAGGCAAAAGUGCAUCAAAAUUUCUGCAUUAGGCAAAAUGUGCACUGAACACAUGCAUUUUCAUGUGAAUUUUAAAAAAAUCCUCAAAGCACAAGAUGAGCCAAGUUAAGGAUGCAAGGGAUUCUCAAAUGGAAGAUUGGAAAAAUGCAAAACUGAGAAAUAGUUCAAUCCAUUCCUACCUCAAAUCAGAAAAGAUGAAAUUCAUGGGGAAUAAUCCUCAGUAAAAAUCAAAACAAAACACAGCACUUGGCAUAGAAAAGCAGCAUGGCAGGGGAAGGUGUAGGCUAAGUCCUUUCCCUUAAGAUGCUACUUUCCCAUAUGCUAGGAGAGUGUUUGAGGUGGGUGGAGGGGGAAGAAACUCAUGCUUUUUCUUUGCAUAUUGGAAACGGGCCCAUGGGUCAAUGAUGAAACAAGCUUGGCAUGCAAAAACACCCAUGGAAACAUCUUAAAAGGAUUAAGCAGCUGAAAAACUCUCUUUCUGAGAUCCUGAAGCUGACACCACUGCUAACCAGAAUAGACAAUAUUAGGCUGAUAUUAGUGGCCAAUAUAAUCAAUUUGUGUCAGUUUAGGUAUCCUGUUUAAAUUGCACGUGCACUGACAUUCUCAAAAUCCCACCAUGAAGCCCAUUCCAUUUUGUCUUCGUAUCAGACCACAAUCUUUGUUUUGCUUUCUUUUGCACAAACAUCAACACUUUUCCUAAAAGUUUUUUUGUUUAGUUGUUAAGUCAUGUCCGACCCUUCACAACCCCAUGGACAACAUUCCUCCAGGCUCUCUUGCCCUCCACCAUCCCUCCGGAGUCCACCGAAGCCCACACCGACCACCUCAGUGACUCCUUCUAGCCACCUCAACCUCUGCUGUCCCCUUCUCCUUUUACCUUCAAUCGUUCCCUGCAUCAGGGUCUUCUCCAGUGAUUCCUAAAAGUACACAUCCAGUGUUCACAUCUUUGAAAAACUCUGCCUUGUUCUCCUGCUGGUUAAAGUGUGCCUGUGUGAUUUUUUCAGUCUUACACAUUUUGUGCACAUUUUUCAAACAUUUGCAUGCUAACAAAUACAAACAGCACAUAACUGUGCAAGCUCAGAAAUGCACGGACCUUGAUGACAGAUUGUGAGACCAUGUUCAGUCCUGAAGGUGCAAACCAGGCAUGUCCUGAUCCAAAACGAAUAGAAAAUAAUUUCUCACAUCCCUGCAUGGGGUGAACUAUAAAGCAACACGGUUAUGCUCUUAAACAAUGGAAACUACACACCGAUUUUAGAUCGUACCAUACCAUACCUGACCAAUUUUAGAUCGUAACAGCUUCCCACAUUGGUGUUAAAGAUCUGAACUGUCUGUCUACAAAAUACAAAGUGGCAAAUGGAAUUGUCUCCCAGUCUUCUUUCCAUCUGCUUUCCAUCUCAGCUCAUACAGCCUUUCGUCUUCCCUCCACCAGUCUUAAGCGGCUUCACACUUUCUCACAUGCUGGAGCGAUCAUUUAAUCAUACUUUGCAAUGGAAGAACUGUGAGAAAAGGUGACACCUCCACCUGUCAGAAGACACCCCUCCCCCAGAAUGCCACCGUACUAAAACUUGCUCAUUAUUGUUUCCUCUGACUUGCUUCCAGUGUGUUUUGCUACUUCUGCUUCCCAACCCCCUUUCCUAGGACUUUCAAAGCAAAGGAACACUCAAAAGUGCAGCCGAAAUCUGCAUUUGUCCAAUGGUUUUAGAACGGACACCUUUUGUAUGUACUGUAACAAAGCUUUGACUUUUUGCUUGGGAAUGCCUGUGCCGUCACUGAUGCUGUUUUGACACAGGAAACGUGUAAAAACAUGGAACUAUGCAAUGUUUUGCUUGCUCUACUGUGUAAAGAAACUCUUUUUAGAUA